AUGGGGGAGAAGCAUGGAGCAACGUUUGCCUUCCCCUCCUACAGCUACCAGUUCAGCUAUCCAGACAAAUUCGAGGCCGAUUUUGUGGAUGAGCUACCUGAAGGCUCCUCUCAGUUUGACAUACUUUGCAGCCACAUGCGUCUAAACAUGGAAGAGCUAAAAAAGGUGAUGCCUCCAAACACCAUCUACAUCACCAUCCUUCGUGACCCCGUGCAGACGUUUGAGUCGGUUUUUUCCUAUUACACCUUCUCCAUUCCGGCCUUCUCCCUGGCUAAAAAAGCUGCAGAGACUAUGGAGAACAGGUCGGCCCUUUCAGUGUUUUUGGGGACGCCUGAAUCCUUCUGGGACCCUAAAUCUCCUGAAAAUGGGCUUGGUAGGAACCCCAUGAGCUUUGAUUUUGGCCUUGAUCUCCAGCAUGGGAACAUGGCCUGGUCAGCUAACCUGACUGCGCUGGUGGAAACCUUCCACCUGAUUAUGAUUGGAGAGCACUUUGAUGAGUCCCUGGUCUUGCUGCGGGCUCUGCUGAAGCUGGAACUGGAAGAGCUCGCCUAUGUUCACUUCAACACUCGUUCUGCACACAGCAUUACUUCCCUAGAUGAGACAACCAAAGCCAGGAUAAGAACCUGGAACGACUUGGAGAUGGAGCUGUAUGACUUCUCCUUGAAGUUGUUUCAAAAGAAAGUGGAGGAGUACGGAGCCGAGAGGUUGAAUAGAGAUGUGGAUCUUCUGAGGGCCUCCUCGAGCAGAAUCAGACAGAAAUGUGUGGCUGGCAAAAACGUUUCGCCUGAGGAACUGGAGGAAUCAGUCAGACCGUGGCAGCCUGACUCUGCCACCAUACUGGGUUACAGUGUUCAAGGUAAUCUGACCAAGGAGGAGCAAGGCUUCUGCAUGCGACUCGUUCUGCCUGAACUUCAGUAUCACGCCCAUCUGUACUUUAAACAAUAUGGCAGAGCCAUGCGGCCUGUACCUACAGAGUAA